CGGCGUGAUUCUCGCUUUCUGGGUCCAUCCAGCCCGGUACCUUACCGAGUAUACUACAAUGGUAGACCUAGUAAUACCCCCGCCUUCACUGCUACUCGGGUACUUCGUCAGUUCCUGCCCGCCUUCCUGGUCCAUUGGGACGUCAUACUCUAGCGCCAAACGGCCCUCAUGGAUUGCUGGAACCAGCCCGCCAAUCCUACGCUCGCGAAAUAUCUAGUAGGUCGAAUGGAAAUGGAAGGCAGGCACAGGAGAGGGGGAUGAACCGUACGGAGUACCUACCUACGGAUACACGACAAGCCCAGCCAUCCCGUCACUUCUCGCCUUACCUCAUUGCAGGUGUUCCCAAAUCCCCAGGGGCAUGUGCUGUGCUGUUCUCCUCCCCCUGCCCAAAUCCAACACCUGCACACCAGGCAUUCGGGGGAAAGGCGUCCACGUGUGAGGUGUGCGAGAAAGCGGGCGUAACUAUCCGUACUCCAUACGGAGUAAUAAAUAAUCAAUCAGCC